UACAGGAAGAGCUACAAAUUAUAACAAUGGAAAAUACAGUACACAGAAACAGGAAGGAGGAGCGUAGGGUGGGGGACAUGAACCACAUUUCGCGUUAUCUGAUUGGACGGUCUUGACGAAAAGGGCGGUUCUUCUACAGAUUCAUUGGGAAGUGAAAGCCUCAAUGUCAAAGAAGCUUGUAUCAGCUGUUUCAGACUAUUCAUCUCAACAUCCACGGAUGAAAACAGUCGUCUGCUACUAAACCCUAUGAAGAUUGAAGGCUUUUACGGAUAGGAACUCAAGGGCAGCGUCAAACGGUUUUCAGGUUGCGAGCUAAAGGAAAUAUGAACUCCCUACCAGGCAGGAGUGUGUUGCUAUGCAGACGCAUGACAGCAGGCGCUAUGAGGGUCCUCGCGGGCACAACGGGCCAUCCUGAUACCGUGGCCCGUGUGACCUGCAUCGAGGCUGUCAGAGUGUGCCACUCGGGCUCGAGCCGCAAGGGCAGCGUCAGCACCAAGAAGCGUGGCUAUGACAUCACCAGAAACCCCCACCUGAACAAGGGCAUGGCCUUCACCCUACAGGAGCGCCUGCAGCUGGGCAUCCACGGCCUGCUGCCCCCCGUCUACCUCUCCCAGGACGUCCAGGUGCUCCGUAUCAUGAAGAGCUACGAGGGCCGCAACCCCCUCGACAAGUACAUCUUGCUGAUGACUCUGCAGGACAGGAAUGAGAAGUUGUUUUACCGCCUGCUGACGUCUGAUGUAGAGGAGUUCAUGCCCAUUGUCUAUACCCCCACUGUAGGGUUGGCCUGCCAACAGUACGGACUGGCCUUCAGGAGACCACGAGGUCUCUUCAUCACCAUCCAUGAUAAAGGCCACAUCGCCACCAUGCUCAACUCCUGGCCUGAGGAGAACAUCAAGGCCAUUGUGGUGACGGACGGAGAGCGUAUCCUGGGUCUGGGCGACCUGGGCAGUUACGGCAUGGGCAUCCCAGUGGGUAAACUGGCCCUGUACACGGCCUGCGGAGGAGUGCCACCCCAGCAGUGUCUACCAGUGCUGCUGGACGUAGGCACCGACAACCAGGCACUCCUGGAAGACCCCCUGUACAUCGGCCUGAAGCACAAGAGGAUCAGAGGAAAGGAGUACGAUGACCUCAUCGAUGAGUUCAUGCAGGCAGUUACUGACAAGUAUGGAAUGAACUGCCUGAUCCAGUUUGAGGACUUUGCCAACUCCAACGCCUUCCGCCUCCUCAACAAAUACCGCAACCGCUACUGCACCUUCAACGACGACAUUCAAGGCACAGCCUCAGUAGCAGUAGCUGGGGUCUUGGCUGCUCUGAAGAUCACUAAGAACAAACUGUCAGACCACACCUUUGUGUUCCAGGGGGCCGGGGAGGCUGCACUGGGUAUUGCCCACUUGCUAAUCAUGGCCAUGGCGAAGGAGGGGGUGUCGGCAACGGAAGCCGCAAAGAAAAUCUGGAUGGUCGACUCCAGGGGCCUCAUCGUCAAGGGCAGAGGAAACCUGAACCAUGAGAAGGAGGAGUUUGCCCACGACCACGCCCACAUCAAGACCCUGGAGGAGGUGGUGCACACCGUCAAGCCCACCGCCCUCAUCGGAGCGGCGGCCAUCGGAGGGGCGUUUACUGAGAAGAUCAUCAAGGACAUGGCGUCCUUCAACGAGCGGCCCAUCAUCUUCGCCCUGAGUAACCCCACCAGCAAGGCAGAGUGCACCGCCGAGCAGUGCUACCAACUCACCGAGGGGCGGGGCAUCUUUGCCAGUGGCAGCCCCUUUAGUAAGGUGACCCUGGCUGACGGGCGCUCCUUCAUCCCCGGUCAGGGGAACAACGCCUACGUGUUCCCUGGCGUGGCAUUGGGGGUCAUCGCCUGCGGGGUGCGCCAAAUCUCUGACGACAUCUUCCUCACCACAGCCGAGGCGAUAGCUGACAUGGUAACAGAGGAGCACCUGGCCGAGGGAAGACUCUACCCUCCACUCAACAGCAUCAGAGAAGUGUCCUUUAAGAUCGCUGUCAAGGUGGUUGACUAUGCGUACAGACACAAAAUUGCCUCCCUGUACCCGGAGCCCAAGGACAAGGAGGCGUUCGUGCUCUCCCAUGUCUACAGCCCCGACUACGACUCCUUCGUCCAGGACACCUACGACUGGCCCCAGGACGCCAUGAAUGUCCAGGACGUGUGAACUCCAUCUCCUAUCAGCCACCUCUUGUUCGAUCCCUCAGUACAGCACAAGGGAGCUACACAUAUCAGACAUGCGCUGCCGCCUCUCCUCUCCAGAUUUCGCAUCAUUUCACCAAUCAUUACUCAGUAGUCGCGUUCCCCUGCUCAGACGUUGCAUGCAUCAACCAAUGGUUGCAUUCCACGGCAUCGACAGUGCCUUCCGGAACCAGAUUGCUAUAACAUAUGUGGUCAACUCAUACAUAAAAUACCUAUCCAGGUGUUGUAAGAUCUGACAUGUGUCCGCAACGCCUGGACAGAGGAACGCGCCCAACGCCUUCUGCAGUUAGGUCAUCAAGACGAGACACUCCAUUGCCUCUAGACACUCCCCAGUGCCCAUAGAAUGUAAUACAUAGGAUGUACAUCUGUAGGAGAUUACAAAUGGUUAACCAGCAGAAAUAUAAUUGUUAAGGGGUAUUUUUUGGAAAGUUCAGUCAUUUCAUUUGAUGUCCCCCUUGACUUUUGUAUUUGCUUUGUUUACCAUAUAUCUCUAUACGUGCCCAUAUAAUCGAAUUGCCAGGUUAGUGCCACGACGUUUCAUGUGUAACUUGAGGGAACCUUUUCUGUUCUAUACAUUCUAUUUCUAUGUUUCUAUAUUCUAUUUUGAGAUUAUUUAUUUGUGAUUGAUACAGAAUCUGGAGACAGACUUCUGUGUCACCAAACCCCUAAUAACACACUCCGUUGAGCAUGUUUGGACUAGCUUUAAUAACUAAUAGGCUAAUUUGGGAAGAAAUGGCAUAUUCCCGAAAGGUUUCUGUCAUCUAUUGUAGGGUGCAUCUCAAUAGUUUUCCCUUGCUUCCUUCACUUGGAAAAGUGGAUGGGUGAAUCCCAUAUCGCCUUUACCUGUCCAUUGUUUUCAAAUUAGUCUAGAUAAAAGAGAGGAGACAAGCAUAGGAGGAGACCUCCAGUUUUAGACUAUUAAGAUGGACCUCUUGUCCAGAUAUAAACGCAAACCCUCAUAGUGCUGGCCUCUGUUUGACCUCUUGACCUCACAUGUAAUAUCCUGCAGAUUCUAGUCUUUAGUUGGAGGAUUCUAUCAGAUAUUAGCAAAGAAUGAUAUGUACAAGCUGGUUCACACUGCAGUAUCAUUGAUUUUAAACUCCAAUAUAUUAUUAACUGACAACUUGUUGCUCCCCGUUGUCACUUCAUACUACACUCCUGCCAAAGCCUGGGUUACAAGAGGACCAGGUAGAUUAACCAAUAGAAUUUAAAAUAGGACACCCUGUUCAUCUUGUAUUUUUAUUCUAGACUUUGUCACAGAUUCCCUGUUGAUGCUGUCAGAGUUUUAACGAGAUGACUAGCUACAUUUUUAUCCCCGACAUCAUUACCAUUAGGAACUGACUUUUACAUUUGAGUAAUUCAGCAGACACUCUUAUCCAGAGCGACUUACAGUAGUGAGUGCAAUUUUAUAUUUUUUUCGUACUCGUCGGAAUUGAACCCACGACCCUGGCGUUGCAAGCGCCGGGCUCUACCAACUGAGCCACAAGGGACUUCAGGUUAGUGCAGUGCCCGACGUUUGUGUACAGUGGAAGCUUUAAUAAGCACUAGUCUACCACUUACAGAAGACCACCUGUGCUGUCGUGCUCGAACACCUGUGUAAGCAUAACGGGGGGAGUGUAGUUCGUCAACUGUAGGCAUACAGUUGUAUGGAUGUCUGCAAACCUGCUUCAGUAAGUUAAUAUUUUUUAUUUGAAAGAUUCUUACUCGCUAAUAUGAAAGAUAAGUUCCAUGUUUCCAAAACUGUAUCGCAACGAUGAUUAUUGACGUUUCUAAACAUUAAAACAGCGUCGAGUUAUAGUUCACAUGUUCCCGCCAAUAAGCAGUGCUUGCUUAUAGCUGAGAAUGCCUUGGGUUGUCGGGAGCAAGAUGAGCGCUAAAAUAAUUACAUAUGUGAUUGACUCUUUGGGUAUGCUUUUUUAAUAAUGGAGGCGUUGCAUCUUUUGUGUGUAGUUUUGUAUAAAGCGUUGCCUGUUUCUGUUUAGGUGUUUUUGCCAAAGGUAAUGACAGACAUGGUAAUGUUAUAUUUUCUUUUCCCCCAGAGAAUAUUAUGCUCUGCUUAGGCGUGAUGCACCACAGAAGGAAUUCUAUUUGGGGUUUUCAAGGAAAAAUGUAUGUUUUUGGAAGGGAAUAAAAAAGGCACUAAGUGAAUAUUGUUAGCAAAACUA